AUGAGCUACACCAACAUGUCCUAUCUGACCCCCAAGACGGUGAUCCUGAUUGGCAUACCUGGACUAGAGCACGUGCAAUUUUGGAUUGGAUUUCCUUUCUUCAGCUUGUGCCUGGUGGCCCUUCUAGGCAACAUCUUGUUGCUUAUCAUUAUUCCAACAGAACGCAGUCUACACCAACCCAUGUAUAUCUUCCUGGCAGUAUUGGCAGCUACUGACCUGGGUCUCUGUGUGGCCAUCGCGCCUAAGAUGUUGGCCAUUUUCUGGUUUGGUUCACGCUCCAUGGCUUUUGAUGCUUGCCUCACCCAGCUCUUCUUCAUUCACGCCUUACAGGGCAUGGAAUCUGGCAUCCUGUUGGCCAUGACCUUCGACCGCUAUGUUGCUAUUUGUAAUCCUUUGAGGCACACGUCUAUCCUCACCUCUCUUUUUCUCCUUCGAGUGGUGCUGAUGGUGGCAUUUCGGGCAACAACACUGGUUGGGGUUUUGCCUAUUCUACUCAAACAACUUCACCGUUUCCAUUCCGUGGUCAUUGUCCACUCUUACUGUGAGCACAUGGCUGUAGUCAAGCUGGCUGCGGAAGAUGUCCACAUGAAUAAAUCAUAUGGCCUCUUUGUGGCUUUUGCAAUUUUAGGUUUUGACAUGAUCUUUGUUUUCAUCUCUUACGUGCUGAUUUUUCGAGCUGUUUUUCGUCUGCCCCAGAAAGAGGCACGGAUCAAAGCAUUCAACACGUGCACAGCUCACAUCGUUGUCUUCCUGGAAUUUUAUAUCCUUGCUUUCUUUUCAUUUUUCAGUCACCGUUUUGGCCAUGUAUCACCCUACGCCCAUAUCCUCUUGUCUACCAUCUAUCUCCUUGUACCUCCCGCCCUGAACCCUAUUGUCUAUGGUGUGAAGACCAAAGAGAUUCGCAAACGGGUUGUUCAAAUUUUCAUCCCACAGCGAGACAUACAGAAAUGA